CCGCAGACAAUCAGGAAGCAGCUGACGGUGAACAUGGAGCUGAAGAAGAGUUUUCAUCCGGCAGGAAGCACUUCAGCUGCUGGACUCCAGUCACGACAGAGGAGGAGGAGAGCUGAGGAGCCGGACGGAGACUCUCAGCAGUGGUUCUGAUCCAGCUCGUCCGAGUCGGUCUGGUUCUGCUGGUCCAGCUGGGUUCUGGACUGGUUUCGGCGAUGGCGGAUUAUCUGCCGGCUGCUCUGCUGGAAGCCUGCGUGGUGGUCGGAGCAUCUAGUGACAAACUCCAGGAAGUCUACCAGGCCUUUCACAGUAAUGGAACUCCAGAGCUUCCCCCGUUGGAGCCGGAGGUCCUUCACGUCCUGGUUCCUCCCUUCGUCAGCCGACCACAAGCUGAGAGCGAAACUCUGAGGCCACGAGGGAAACGGCGGCGUUCCUUUCUGAGGAAGAAGAGGGAACAACUUCCUUCGUCUGCACCUACACCAGGUGGAGGUGCAGCAGAUGGAAAAGGAGGCAGUGAAGACAUCAGUGUACCCAAAGACAUCGACCUCAUGGCUUUACCUCAACUCUGCUUCCCCGGUGGCCUCCAAGUAACCAGUGAACAGAAGGAUGAAGAAUUCCACUUUUUGGUUUUCACUAAUGUUUUUGGCAACAAGACCCAUGGAGUCGUAAUGCAGUGUUACCGUCCCAUACAGGAAGGAACGUCUUUCUAUCAGAACGGAGCUGAUUCCUCCAAACUCUUCUCUGCCUACAGUUUCUGUGUCAUAUCCAAGUAUCCCUUCUUCACCGCACUCAAAGACUGUCUGUCAUGUCUUUUAAUUCAGCUGAAAACUUGCCGGUUGUCAGACAUGGAAGACAGAGUGAAGGAAUUUGCAGCCAAACUGACUCUUGUGCCUGUUCCGCCUCCUGGACAACUACAUCUGAUGUUUGAAUUACGACCUCUGACCAUCAUCCUACCAGCUAAAGAAGACAGAGACCUUCCAGCUGUAGAUUUAGACCUCCAUCUGCCGUUUCUUUGCCUCAGACCGCAGCAGCUACUGCAGGUGAUAUGUUGUCUCCUGCAGGAACAGCGAGUGGUUUUAUUCUCUGCCGACUGGUCCAGACUCACACUGAUGGCAGAGUGCUUGUUGCUUUUCCUGCAGCCUCUGUCCUGGCAGCAGCCCUAUGUUCCCGUCCUGGCCAGAGGAAUGUUGGACUUUCUAAUGGCUCCGACUGCCUUUCUGAUGGGCUGCCAUCUCAGCCACUUUGCUGAAGUUGCUGCUGAAACAGAAGAUCUGAUUCUAAUUAAUAUUGAUAAAGGAACAGUCUGCACUUCUUCAUCUGAUACCAUUGACCUGCCUGAUAUUCCUCCAGCUGCUGCUGAAUGCUUCACACAGAGGUGUCAGUCACUGAAGAUACAUUUUGACUUGGAUCAUUGGCGACAUGCCAGUUCCACUGACAUCAACGAGCAGCGAACACAGAGGAGAACCUGGCAACAGAACCUCAAUCACAACAUCCAGAGAGUCGCACUGGAGCUCAUCGUCAACAUAUUCAGGGAUGUUAGCGAUCAUCUGAACUACGAACAUCGAGUGUUUCACAGCGAAGAGUUUCUGAAAACCAGAGAACCGGCAGAGCAACUGUUUUACAAGAAGGUGUUGGAGACGCACAUCUUUCACUCCUUCCUCAAGGAUCGUCUCAACAAGAAAAUGGAUAACUUCGCUCGAAUGGAACUCGGCACUCGAUCCGAGAUGCAGAAAAUGAAGGCCAUGGUUGAAGUUCCUCGCAGGCCCACCAUGCAGGAGAUUCAGGCCCGGAGGAAGAGCUCCGUCACAGAGAUCCGUCUCAGUAAGAGGCUGGGGAUGAGCCUGCCGAACCUGGGAGACGACCAGACCAUCAGCUUCCAGAGAAACUCGCUAUUGACCAGGAUCUUUGUACCCGACCCUGGGCUGAAAUCGCCUCCUAAGCCUGUGAAGGUGUUUAAACUGCCAGACUUCCCAGCAUCUCUGUCCUUCCACUCCGUCCAGAGUUACUACAGUGAGCUCAUCCAGCAGCUUGGAAAAGCUAUUUUCACUGUCCAGAAUGAGAACUCUGCUCUGCUUGCCAGGUUCUACUACUUGCGAGGACUCAUCAACACGUUGUGUUCGCGGCGGCUGGAUGCUCUGAGUGACUUCCAGAACCUCUAUAAGACCGACACGGCCAUCUUUCCCACGCAUUUGGUCACGUUUCUGGUGGAUUCGCUGCACCGAGAUGAAAGGCAGCAAGCACAGAGACGACCUGAAUUAAAGAGACUCAUACUAAAGGUAAAAACAGAUAACGAGAAGCAGCUGGUGCAGCCAGAUGACCAUGUCAAGAAGUUUCAACUUCCUCGUCAGCAGCUGCAUCAGGAUGAGUUUGUGCGUUGCAUUCAAGAGUGCAGGAUUGUUAAAGACGUAACGACCAUACACCGUUUAUUUGAGGCUCUCGCUGAUGGUCAGCCACAGAAGGUCGACCCAGAACUCUUCAAAAUCUUCUACACCUUCUGGAAGGAGGCUGAAGCCGAAGCUCAAGACGUCAGCCUCCCCUCUGAGGUCAUCGACCACCUCGACUACAGUGAAUGCGUCUACAAGUUGUCGUCUUGUGUUAAGACUUCCCUCGGCGUCGGUAAAAUCGCCAUGACGCAGAAACGUCUGUUUUUGCUCACCGAGGGACGACCCGGCUUCCUGGAAAUCACAAAGUUCAGAGACAUCCAGGAGGUGAAAGUAGCCACAGCUCCCUUUCUGCUCGUUCGUAUUCCUUCCCUUCGUAUCCAGACCUCUGGCAGGCCCGAGACGUUCGAAGCCAACCUGAAGACGGAGACUGAACUCUGGAACCUGGUGGUCAAAGAGAUGUGGGCUGGACGCAAGAUGGCAGAUCAGCACAAGGACCCUCAGUACAUGACGCAGGCUCUGACUAACGUCCUGCUGAUGGAUGCCGUCACCGGCAGCCUGCAGACUCAGAGGUCCAUUGCUGCCGCUUCAAAGCUGGCUUACUUUGAUAAGAUCAAACAUGAAGUUCCUAUGAUGGUGCCUAAAACUACCUCAGAGACUCUGAAACACAAGAUCAACCCGUCACUGGACCUGGCUGAACCUCAGACUGUACACGUGCUGCUCUACACACCAGGUCAGCUGACUUGCAAUGACUCAGAGGCUGAGAUGAACCCGAAGCUGUGGGUGGCUCUCAGCGGAGGCCGAGUGGUUGUGUUUGAUGCAGCGAGCUGGUCCAUGCUGCAGGCCUGCAUCCAGGUCGGAGAGUCGCAAGUGAACUGCAUGAUGGGAUUGGUCCAGGAGCAAGUGUGGAUCGGUUCUCAGGACUCUGUCAUCUACAUCAUCGACACUCACAGCAUGUCCUGCAACAAACAGCUGACUGAGCACAGACAGGAAGUGACCAGCCUCGCAAUGGACACCAGAGAUCUGCACAACAGUCAGCUGACGUACUCCUGCAGCUGUGAUGGUUCCAUCCUGCAGUGGGACUCGUCCAGCCUGAAAGUCAAGCGACAGUUUCAUCUCAACUGUCAGCGACUCUCCUCCAUACAGGUCCAUGAUGGAACUCUGUGGUGCUGUUGUGAUGACAGCAUUGUGGAACUGAAAAAAAGUGGGACAGCGCAGAGAAGAAUAACACUUCCCAGUGACCUACGGAGCACGUCCAGUAGCUUCAGCAGCUUUGUCGUCAUCCCAGAGCGAGGGCAGGUGUGGACCGGCUGUGCAGACUCAGUGGAUUUAUGUCUCUGGCAAACAAACAACCACAGACAUCCACCUAAAAGAAUCUCCCUGCCAGGAACCUCAGGAGUCACCUGCAUGAUCCGAGUCAAAGACCAGAUCUGGGUGGGCUGCUGUGGUCGCAGCAGCGUUGGAGGCGAGUGUGACGGCCAGCUGAGGAGUCAGGUGUUGGUGGUCGACCCCCAGAGCCACGCGGUGGAAAAGGAGCUGCAGGGCCAUUCGGACAGCAUCCAGACGCUGUGUUCUGCCGAGGAUCGGUACGUCCUGAGCGGCUCUGCACGGCGCGACGGAAAGAUCGCCAUCUGGAAGGUGGAGUAGAGAACAAGAGGCGGAGGAAGCAGUGGAAGGAAAGGAGGUGGGUGGACGUGAAGCAAGAGAGGAGCACGAGAAAAAAUAGAAAGUAAAUGUUUGGCUUUGGGGUGUUUGUGACCGUAAGAUCAUCCUGCUGGCAGUUGAAGAUGAAAACACAUGAAAAGUAGAUGGAUGUGAAUGGAAGAAUUAUUUUUUCACACUUGUAGGAAGAUUUAAAUGAUAAUUGAGAUUUUUUUUUUGUCAAGAGCCGAAGAAACAAAAUGCUGAAAGCCGCCGUGAGGGUGAUAUUUUAUUGAAAGAGAAGGAUAUUUCUGUUUGUUUUAAAAAUUUUGCUUUUGACGUGAUGACAACAGUGCAAUACUAAGAUGCUCUAAUUUAAAUUGUGCUGCCUUCUUGUUUCACUUUGUUUUUAUUAUUUGACCUGCAGGCAAGCCCAAAAUUAUUUAUACUCAUGCCAAAUUUGGACUUUCAGUGAAUUUUUGUUUGACCAGUGGGUUGCUUCUGGCUAGAAAGGGCAUAAAUAAGUGGCAAAACAGUAAUUUUGCAUUAAGACCACUCAUUAAAAAUUGUGUUUCUCAUUAAGGGCACUAUUCAGAAAACAUCUCAAACAGGCCAAUCCAAAUCAGUGAACAUAGGUCUUGUUUUUUCAGAAUCCAGAGAGGAAACUAAAAUGUUUACUACAUGUUAAGGAACUUGCAAAGAUAUUACUAGAACAGAACACACAUUUAAUAGCUAAUGAAUCUUAAAUGUUGGUGGUUUUUAAUUUAACUAUGGACACAGUGCUGUCAAAUUUUUGUAGUUUUUACUCAAGCACUGUUAUGUUAUUUUCAUUUUAAGGAUACAGUUUGCACCAGAAGUGUGUACGAUCCUGUGCAAUAUCACUUAAAUAUCAAAGUAGUCUAAACUGUAAAUGCAUGCAAUGAAUGCAUUAUGUUAGCGAUGACAAAAUGUCCAAAAUUAUUCAUAUUCUUCUUCAGUAAUCCAUGUCAAAGUCUUUAUUUUCCACCACAUCAAUCAAUAUAUCAUAAAACAAAAGUUUGGCAUGGGUAUGAACAUUCGCUUACUGAUUAAUUCGCCACAUUUUAGAGCUGUUCUCAAUUCACAAACGGUGUUCAAAUCCAUCUAAUCUGUUUAUCCUUCGACGUAAGGCCUUUUGGUGUCCCUAAUGAAUUAAUUCCUGCCAGGUUAGCGGUCCUCACAGGGACAGACAUUGGUGAAUAUCCUAAUAUUCUAGCAAAGAUGCCAACAACAUACAAACACAGAACCUUCAACGAACCACACAUAAAGCAAAAUAAAAUACAAAACAACUUGAUGGUGUUGACAGUCUUUAAAUUCUUUAUUGGUAAGAACACACCACAGUUAAAGAGCUGAAAUACAACAAAUCUGUGUGAAUUAUUGAAUGAUGACUGUUGUUGAUGAUUCAUUUUUUACUUGGUUUAAAGGAGUUAAUUUGUCUUAAAUAUGAAUACAAUGCUAAAAGAUGGUUCCAGCUAUAAAUACAUGGAUCACAAAGCAACACGGAUGAAUGAUGAAGUGGGUAAAGUCGUCUGGUUUUGCAGCACUUGGUGAAGGCUGUGAUGGUUGGAUGAAUGAAUGAAGGAGCUUCUGUGGUCUCAGUAGUAUAAUUCCUGAUCCCACCAACCUGAGAGAUUAUAAAGCACAGAUUAAUGGAGGCUGAUGGGUGCAGAGAUGUUAAUGAUGACUAAAGAACUGAUGAAUAACAUUUCAUCUUACUUCCUGGAUGUCUUCUGACUCCCAACUUUCUGAUCUCAUCAUAGACAAAGAUUAAAACACCGUACGGGAGAGGAACAAACCACCACUGGACCCUGGAGAGAAAAGACACCAUUUAAUAUUAGAAUUAAAUAUGGAAUAAGCAAUGAUUGUAGUGUAAAAUAUCAUUAUGUGUUACGACAAAUUUGCAUUUUGUACCAUACUAACCAAUUGCUCCUUCCAAGUCUGUUUUAUUUACGAGAUCACCAAUUAAAUGAGACUUUGUGCGUUUACCUGAUGGGCAUGAAAUUAAAGAUGUUGGGCAUUCCAGGGCAGUAACACAGCAGAUUACCCAGACAGAGCUGGAAAAUUAUAGCGGUCAGCAGUACACGGUUCCUGCACAGAGGAAAACAUACAAGUAACCAAACAUUUCCUUAUUAGAUGACUGGAUAUCUCUGCUUGUGAAUAAAUUCGUAGUGAUAAAAUAAAGCUGCAUAAGUUUUGCACAGUCGUAACACAACUGCAAUUUUCCAUGGUGACACUGAGCAAAAAUAUCAUCGCAGCAUGCAAAUGGUCUUUUCUGGCUUAGAGGGGAAGCUAAAAAUCCCAUUUGUGGGUAGAAAAGGGUUCAAUUGUGCACAAAAACUUUCAGUUUUUUACCACUGGGGAUUAUAUAUUACAUGCUGCAAUAAUUAUUUUGUUCAGUGUUCAAUUAAAUGUAUGUAUUUUGUUCGUUCGCCUCCUAAAAACAACCUGAAAACUCGCAGUACACACUUUGGAUUUUGCUAUUUUCACUGCUCUUACUGCAAAAGUAGCUACUUUGGUUGUCUUUUAAAUAAUGUGACUGCAAGACUGUCAUCACAGGAGUAAUAUAUAAACUGUCCAGAUUUAAUAAUACUGUGAAUCCAGCAUCAGUCCUGGACUCGUGUUGGAGUUUUACUGACCUGAAGAAGCCUUGCUGGAACAAAGAAAGACGUCGGGUUUUCCUGAUCAGCACAUCGGAAAUCUGACAGAUUUCUAUACUGACGAAAAACACGGUGUAGCAGGUAUAUUCCUGGUACAACCUCUGACUGAAGGUCUGCAAGCAGAAGAGAGGAAAUCAAACUAACAGGUAGUAUGUUGACAAAAAAAAAACAGCUAAAAUCUAUUCCCAUUACUCAACUAGAUGUUGUUUGCAUCCACAGCUUUAACUGACCCAUUCCUGUCCGUAACUGUCUUGUAAGUCUUGAAGGUGAACGUCUUCCCACUGAGAUCGCAGGCCGACACAUAAAAGUGGGAACCAGCCCUCCUGGGCCAUGGCGGUGAAGUAAUCUGUAAAACCUGCAAAAGACUGGAUGGCUCCUACAACAGGGUAAGAGAAAAUGGGUCAGGACUAUUUUAGUAGUAUGUGGUGAGUAUAUGAAGCCUCCUCCACAGGUAUCCUGAGAGUUAGAAAGAUUAUCUGUUGUACCGUACUGUAAUAUUUGUGUCAUUUCUAUGCAUGUAUUCAUAGGGGUGAGCUACGAGCUCAUACAGCCAUCAAAUAUAUUGUAGGAAACAUAUUUACAUCCGUAUAUUUUCCUCUAUAUUUUGAAUUCUCACCUGGUGUCUGAUAUUUAGUGUUUUCCUCUGCAUAAAUAAAGACAUUUCCACCAUAAAUUGAUGCAUAAAAAGGUGCAAAUUGGUGCAUAAAGAGUCACCAGAACGCAUUCUCACCUAUCUGGAAGUACGAGUACACAGCCAGAGCCUCGUUCACCAGCCGAUCACGACGAGGGUUUCUGGGCUUCAGGUGCAUGAUGUCGCUUUCUGCUUUCUCAUAAGCCAGAGACACAGACGGGAACUACAAACAAACAGCAUAUCACUGUACUUUAGAUGUGGCAGCGAGGAGGAUAAUGAUGCAGCUAAUUUACUAUUAAUAUCACUGAAACACCUGCUGUUAAGAGUGAGUUUGAUGUCGCAAGUAAGAUACACAAUCAUCACCUGUUCCAGUGUAAUGACCAUAAUUUUCUUUUCCACAGAGUUGUUUCUAAUGACACGAUUACUCACAAUGUCAGUGGCCAGUUCGAUGAAGAGGAUGGUGAUGCAGCCCAGAGGGAGAGGCACGCUGACGGUGAUGUAGAUCAGAUAUGGAGUCAGCUCGGGAAUGUUCUUGGUGAGCGUGUAGGCGAUGGACUUCUUCAGGUUGUCAAAGAUAAGGCGGCCUGCAGACACACAUGAACAGUUCUCACAGCAAAACAGGUUCAUAUAUUCUGGCUUGUGCAGUAUACACACACCACGUAGUGGCAAAUCCAAACAUGUACAUCCUUUUGAAGUUUUGAUUUGUCUGUUUACUUAACUCACUCAUUCUUUACUUAGGAUUCAUUAAUACAAUUUCUUAUUAACAGAGACAUUCUUGACCAGAAAUGGGGUUAUGGUCUCUCUCCUACAACCAACUUUUAUUACAUUUUACAACAAACUCCACCUUUAAAGGUCUUGUACAAGUUUGCAACCUGUUGUUACAUCAAAACAAACAGCACAUCUGAGCAUAUGGCAAGUUGUUUGACGAGUUUGACUAUCCAAAUUUGAAUUAAUUACAAAUAUCAACAUCAUUUUCACUAUUCCAGAUAUUGUUAACAUCAUUCUGACAGCAGAAUAAUAGUUGUAGAUCUCUAAAACAUCAUUAUGUCUAGUUUGCAUUGUUGUGCAUGAUGUUCUAUUCGUUAUUGGUCCUGCUUUGCUAGACCAAUAUUACAUGGAGUGUGUGAAGAACAAGAGCUUUGUUCAUUAGAAACUUGCCAAACUUCACAGCAUUUUGUAUUUUAUUUUUUCUUCAGACACACUUGUCAACCUAUGACAAAGUCUGGAUGGGUUCCAAACACUCAUACUCCCACUUGAGUAAAACUUCUGAAAAUGUAUGAUUUUUAGCCUGGUUGCAUUGCCAUAGUAUGUCUAAAAAGCAAACCACCUCUGCCUCCUAUUUGCCGUGGCUUCUGACUAGAACUUCAGAUCUCUACAACAUCAUUUUGCUGAAUCAAAACUCUAACUUAAGAUAUCUGUGAUUACAUUUCAACCAGGCAGAAUUCUAGUUUGAUAUAUUGCUGAUGUUCCUCUGACUAGUUCUAACUUCAUUCAAAAUGUCCAAAAAGGACAGUGUAGACAUCUUGAAUUAAGGAUACAUUUACUAAGAUUAUGACUUGUCAGAUUUUACCUGUACAUACCUGAAACUGGAAUUUUUAUCAUUUAGAAUUCAGCUGCAGAUAUGCAAAUCUCAUAUUGCAGAUAUCUGAGAAAUCCUAUACACAUAAUUAAUAGAAGUGGUGUAAUUUGCCCUGGAAUAAUAAUGAUAUGUAUAUGUGAAAUGUUGUUUUUGACUAGCUGGAAUUAAUUUCUAGAUAUCUGCAAUACAUGUCCAGUCUAGCUAUUAAAUGUUGAUAUGGCUUGAAAUAUUAUCACCACAAUCAGACACUCACUUUCUGAUCUAUGGAGAAAAGAAACAUAUGAAAAGAAUGUUCUUUUGUCAUAUUUUGUAGCUCUCUAGACACACCGAAAACACAUUUCUGUUCAAAAACAAUGAAAACCUGGAUUUUGCCCCUUUUGAAUUUGACCCCUUUAAGUCCGGUCAUGUCAACUGACUCUUAAUCCUGGAUGUGGAUUUGAGAUAUUUUUGUUAAAAUACAGAAUCCUUCCUCUAAAUUCUCACCCUGCUCCACUCCAGUGACAAUAGAAGCAAAGUUGUCGUCCAGUAGGAUCAUGUCUGCAGCGUUCUUGGCGGCGUCUGAACCAGCGAUUCCCAUGGCAACGCCAAUAUCAGCCUUCUUAAGAGCAGGAGAGUCAUUCACACCAUCACCUGUUACAGCCACGAUGGAACCCUGCGGUGAUGAAAGAUGAAAACAUCCAUCGCAAGUCUGAAUCUAUGAAUAUAUACAAACCAGCCUCGUCCCCCUGCUGCUCUUUUAUUCACAAUCCCCCUCAGGGAGCACUUCAAAACACUAUACUAGCUUUAUAGUGCCUGUCCUUAAAGCUAUGUGCAUAGAAAACCUGCUCUAGAUGCAUAUCAUGUUUAAAUAAAUGCAAUCAGACAUCUUUGUGCAUGUGUAUUUACCAAACGUUGACAACUCUCCACGAUAAUGAGUUUCUGCUGAGGGGACGUUCUUGCAAAAACCAUCUCCGGAUGGUUCCGCAGAGCGUCGUCUAAUUCUUCACUGCUCAUUUCCUUCAGCUGACCACCACUGAUCACACAAGCACGAGCGUCUCUGUACCCAGAUGGACAGAUUUAAUUACAAUAAAUACAAUAACCAUACAUGCAGGAUAUGAGGAUUGCUUGGAGAGUGGACGGCAGCGAUGCAAACACCUCUUGUUGACUUGUUCCACAGGUAUACGCUUCCUCUCGGCGAUGUCUUCCACGGUUUCGCUGCCUUCUGAUAUGAUGCCAACAUUAGCUGCUAUUGCCCUCGCUGUAAUUGGAUGGUCUCCAGUCACCAUGACAACCUGAAGUUCCAAAAUGUAAACAAUAGUUACGAGACAGGAAAAUAAACAUAAGAAACUCUAAUGAUGAAUGAGUUUUACAUUACAACAGUGAUAGUCUGUGUGGAUUGUCGGUCAUCCAGGUCAUUGUGCCUCAGUAGAAGGUACCUGGACCUCUUUUUUGUUCUUAAAGACAUUUCGACUCCCAUCUGAGAGACUUCAUCAGUUGUAACUGACUAUAAGGAGUCCCAGUUGUUUAUUGUCAUGGUUCACAGCCUAUCAGUGACUCCCGUGACUCAUUGUAUUAAUGUUGGUGAAACCGCCUGGGAAGGGAUCUCAGGACUGCAUCAUAAGCACCUGAUAAGUGGCAUCCCUGGCAUCUAGGAGAGGGACAAUAUAUUCCACUGCCUUCUGAGAUGAUACCAACACUUGCUGCUAUUGCCCGUGCUGUAAUUGGAUGGUCUCCAGUUACCAUAACAACCUGAAGUUCUUAGAUAUUUAAAAAAUUGCUAAGAGACUGGACCAUAAACAGAAUAAUUUGAUGAUGAAUGAGUUUGGCAUUUCAGAAGUAACUGGCUUUGAUGCCUGAUAAUCCACACAAUUACCUCUGUAAUACAGAACCUCUUCAUCAUUGGUUCUAAAAUAUUUAUAUAAGACACUCAAAUACUGUUUUAUAUCUUGAAACUUGAGGUUGUCAUGGUGACUGCAGACUACAGAAAGGGCAAUAGCAGGUAAUUUUGGCAUCACUUACAUCAUCUCACUGCUUUCUGACUGGCAACACUUUUUGAAUCUAUAUGCUACUGUUUACAAAACCACCAAGUCAAAUUCAUUGCAUUUGAAAAUCUACUUGGCAAUAAAACCUUUGUCAUUCAGAUUCUGAAGGCAGUAAAACAGUGGAAUAAAUUGCCCCUCCCUUGGACCACUUAUUGGGUUUUAUAAUGCAGUCCUGAGAUUUUUGGCCCACAGUUAUGUUUAAGGGGUGAGAAUAAAUACAUGAAACUCUCCACUGGUCAUUGAAAAACUGAAAAAGUCAAAACUGAGUCAAAACUCAUAAAAGGCAAAACGUCUUCAGGAACCAAAAACACAAGUCUGGUUGCCUUUUAUUAAAGCAUUACUGAAGUAAGUAUGUGCAUAUUUAUUUAGAUAUAAUUAUCUCUAAUAGGUUUUGAAACAAUAUGAACACACCCUGAUGCCAGCAGUUCUGCAUUUCAUCACUGCAUCAGGUACAGUGGCUCUGGGAGGGUCGAUCAUUGAGAUGAGACCAGCAAAGCACAGUCCAGAGGUGGUGAAGUUCAUCUCAUCAGGGUCAAACUGAAAGCCGCGAGGAAACUCCUUCUCAUUGAGAUAGAUGUGACAGAAACCUAGACGAGCAGGACAGCAUUGAUAAAAACAUAUCCACAUUAUUUAUCACAUCAUUAUUAGCAAUAAAUGAUAAUGUUGGGGUUCAAAGAGGAACUUUCUAACCCAGCACUCUCUCUCCCAGUCCUCCCAGGUCCAUGUACGCUGUCUGAAAAGCUUCUUUCCACUGCUCAUCCAGAGGCAGCUCCUGGCCUUUAAUCAAAAUGGUGGAGCAGCGUUCCAGGAUGCGUUCGGGAGCUCCUUUCAUCACCAGCAGGUAGCGAAGGUCCAGUGGAUCCUCCAGUUCGUGGAUAGACAACUGGAGAGAGAGAUGAAUAAGACUAAACAUUAAAAAGGUUCGAUGUGCAACUUUUCUGAACCACGAGAGCAUCUCAGAUCAAAACAAACUGUUAUUCAGACAUCUAAAACAGUGGUGUGCACAAAAGCCAACAAAAAUAUAAUAGAGUUAAAACAAUUAGCCCAUGCUAUCAUUGUAAAAUGCACUGAAUGACUAACAAGUUGCUUUCAACUAAAUGAACCUGAGUGGCCUCGUGGAAACAGAUACACAAAGAUCAGAGCUGAAUAGACGCCUAGAGCCUCGAAGUAGCAGUAUAGACUCUUACAUUAAGCUUAAAUGAAGCAAAUCCAUGUAAUUUGAGAUACUAACACAAAUAAAUACUUUUUCGCAUUUGGAUUUUUGGGGCGCUGGCUAAAUGCUGGAUUGCACUUUUUAUUUUCCAGUACAGUGUAGGAGAUCAAUCUCAGCAUGUUUGUAAGUAGAUGGAAAGCUAACAGUUUCAAUGGGAGGGACUCACAUGCACGAACAUGCACACAUGACUGGAAAAACUUCCAAAAUAUGGAAUAGAAAAACUUGAAUUACAGCACACAUAGACAGCCUCUGCUAAGGAUGUGAUUACCCUGCUGUAUUUUAUAUAGCAGUUAGCUGUUUUCUGCUAUAUUAAUGCCCAAUUUAUGUUCAAAGUCUUGGGUAUUGCGCCUUCAAUCUGUGCUCUUAGAUCUGCCAUGAAUCAGUCAAUUGUUGUAGCAUCAAAGCAGGAAACCAGAGAUGAUAGUGUGUGAGAACUAUACCCACCUGGAACUUGUUGGUAGAGUUGAAGGGCACUUCUGUCACUUUCUUGAAGCGAUUCCGGUAAUCCAUGACAUUUCCCACAGUGAGCUCAGUGAACUUCAGCAGUGCCGUCUCGGAUGCAUCUCCGACCACAAGCCGCUGUGAAAUGUUGUGGAAUUUACAAAAUAAAAGCGAAUCUUUUCAUAUGAUGACUUCUAAAACAGGGAAACUGGCACCUUCGCUACAGUGUAGACAGUAAAGUUUUUAAGCUAAAAGUUACAACAAAUGGAUGAAAACUUGUACCUUAGGAAUCGGCACUCCUUCCUGAUCAGGUCUGAAUAUAGCUCUGUUACACAGGGAUGCUAUUCUUGCCAGUAAACGCCACGUCUCUGAAGACUGGUCAAAACUCUGGCCUGGAAGCCAGACAUUCAAAUCAUUAUCAGAGGAUCACAUCAAUACCAAUAAUCCACCUUGUAUAAACCCAUAACAAUUGAAAUGGCAAAACUUAGUUUAUAAUGCUGAUUAUAAUAGAAAUGAUUGAUUUCAGUAGGAAACACUGAGCAAAAUGUACAUAUUUACCUGACUGAUCUUCAGUGGUGUCAGCAGCGUGAAUCUGGUUGUCGAACCAAAGGUGAGCAACAGUCAUCCUGUUCUGGGUCAGUGUUCCCGUCUUGUCAGAGCAAAUCACUGAAGUGGAGCCUAAACACACAAGUUAAAGGGUACUUAUAAAUACUAUACAUGCAUGUUGACUGGUAUAGCUAAACAUAGGCCAAAACUGGAGUCAGAUCUUUUUGUUGUAUGUUAAAUUUGUUUCACUAUAUUGCAUGAAUUGUGGAGUUGUAGUUGCACGUGAAGGAAUUAAAGCUGCAUUUUGUCUUGUAUUAUCAGAUCUAUCUCCACAGCUAUCGAUUUAUCAUGUCAGCACUGUAGAAUGGUCUGACUACACCUCUCACUAUCAUUCUACUCAACAUGGUUGUAUUUGUUUAAACCAAUAGCAAUCAAAUUUGGUGAUGCUAAGCCCAGGAUGCAGGAAUGGUGCCCCUGCAAAAUAGUGAUAGGGGAAUUGUUUUGGUGGAACAUUUGUAUGUAUUGAUCCAAGCACUUGCACUAAACGGGACUAACCUCCAGAAAAAAAUCCAAAUCUUGAGCAAAACUUGACAUUUUCAGCAUACAAGUUGCUGCUCUGAGAUUGUUUUUGUUGUUUUUCCUCAGUAAAGGGGAUUUCAAAGGCAGUAACAUGCAGUCAACAUAAAAUGUAGAGUGGAUAUGGCAGAUUUAUACCCAAAAUCGACAUGCAAAAUAAAAAAAGCAAAACUUCAGAAUUUGAAAAUAUGUACUUCUUCAGCUCUUCCAUCUCCCAUAUCUGCUCUAAGCCUCUCCAACCAAAGGCUCAAAAAAUAGUUAAGCUAAAAAUUUACAUUCAUUUGCAGCCAAUCCUACUUUUACAGUUAACUAUUUAUUCUACCUCUUUUGAUAAGUGAAUAACCCUCUGAAAAUCUACUGUCAUUGACUAGAUUUCCAAUAAUCUGAAGAAUGAGCCAGAAGAAGGUACAAAAGCCACUCAGACUACAGGAAUAACAAUAUGCUUAAAGGCUACUGUAUAAUUUUAACUUAAUGAAUUCCACAAAAUCUAAAAAAAUAAACAUGCAAAGCCUGAUUCACGUGUAUCUGGCAAAUUCUACAAAUAACCUGGACAUUAAUACAAGGAUCCCUUUCAAGUUUACCCUGAUCAUACAAUAAACUGAGCAGGAACAGGAGAGCUAACCUAACGUCUCCACGGCCUCCAGAUUCUUCACAACACAGUUCUUCCUGGCGAGUCGCUUAGCGGUCAGAGACAGACACACCUGUAGACAUAGAAACUGUCGUGUUACUGCAUGGAAAAGUUACAUUCCUAUGCAAGAUAUCCACAUUAAUUUUAACAUACUAAUACACAGGAUAUAACUUUGCUUUCAUAGUGGCUAGUGCACAAUAAAAACUGGUAUGGAGAUAGAAGUAUCAUAUUUGUUUACAGUGACUGUAGCCAGCAGCCCCUCUGGCACAUAAGCCACCACGAUAGCCAUGAAGAAGAUCAUGGCCUCCAGGAACUGGUAUCCGAUAAACAUGGCGACCACAAAGAAGGUGAACCCGAAAAAGAUGGCCAGACCGGCGAUGAUGUCCACAAAAUGCUCGAUCUCUAUGGCGAUGGGGGUCUUCUCGUUGCCGACUCCGCUGGCCAAGCUGGCGAUCCGACCGAUGAUGGUUCGAUCACCUGUGUUGAUGAUCACACCGGUGGCCACGCCUGCCAGGAGAAGAAGAGGUUAUUAUAUUGAUUCACAUGGACCUGCUGUGUCAAGUUUUACUGAAAAAUAAUGAAUGAACAGUGAACAAAUGAGCAACAUUCAGGCCAGACUUUGAUUCUGUGUCUUAUGUCUUCACCUUCCAGGCAGGUUGUAGAGAAGAACGCGAUGUUUCUGGUCUCCAGUGGACUCUCAUGGGUACAUUCUGGACUCCUGGUUUGUGGUUCUGACUCUCCUGUGAGAGACGAGUUAUCAACCUGGAACACAAAGUAUAUAAAAAAGAUUUACUUCAUAUCUGCACAUUACAAUGUGGUAAGAAACAAAAGGAUCUGAUUUUGGAUAAUAAGGCAUUUAGAUUCUAAAUGUGCAAUUAAAAUACACUGACAGCCUGGUUGCAGCUCUUUAAUUGAAAGUUCACAAUUUUGAAGUUGACCACACUAUAAAAAAAACUUUUGUGACAAAAAAAUCAAGAAAAAAAAUGCAUUAUUUUACAGAUUGAUCCCGUUUUGUUAAAGUACAGAUGUUAUCUAGUAAAAUGUGAGAAAAAAAGAUAUUAUUUUCAUAUUAACUGUAAAGAAAAGACACCCUAAAACAGAUAAUUUUUAAAAUAUAGAUAUAAAAUAUAGGUGAAGUUACAUAAUCAGACUGUCCCUUAAAAAAUGAUAAUUUUAGUUUUUUUUUAACAGACUGAAGCUUUACUUUUACAGAUUAAUGUUGUUCAACAAAAUAGAGUUUAAAGUGGAUUCUUGUAGUACAGUAUAUCAGUGUGUCCAUACUGUGCGUAUUUUACCUUACAGCCCUGACUGGUGAUGAUGCGAAUGUCAGCAGGAACUCUGUCUCCUCCUUUGAUCUCCACCAGAUCUCCCACCACCAGCUGGUUGGCAUAGAUCUGGUUCUUCUGGCCGUCUCGGAUCACUAUGGCUUGCUAGUUGUGGAGAAUAAAGAUUAGCCAAGAAGGAAGAGAGAUGAUGCAGUGUUCCAGUGUUUUCACUGCUUGCAUGGAACUUACUUGUGGCACCAAAUUCUUGAAGCUGGCAAUGAUGUUGGUGCUCUUGAACUCUUGGUAGUAACCAAAGCAACCAGUCACCACGACAACGGCAAUGAGGGUGAUGGCCAAGUACAGCUGGAAUGAGAGAGAAGAUGUUACUCUGUUCUUUCCUCAUGUUCCGUCUGUUCUGCAGGAGAAGCAGUAAGAAUGUGACUCACGUCGUCGAAGCUGGUGAGGUUCCCUCUCGCCAGUUCAAUUCCGAAGGCGAUGAAGCAGAUGACGGCGGCGACCCACAUCAGACACUGCAGGCCUCCAGCCAGCUGCCGGGCGAACUUCACGUACUCCGGAGUUCCUUUAGGAGGCUUCAGCUCGUUGGGACCGUCUCUCUCCAGGACCUGACUGGCGAAGGUGGAAGUCAAACCCUGCAGGAGGAGGUAAAGUUAGUUAAUAUGGCUGGAAGCAAAAUAUCAAGUGAUAUGUAUAGAAGAUACAGAUACAGGUGAAGGAAAAUGAAUAAACUACUAAAACCAAUCUAUAAGAAGAAUGGAGUAAAAAAAAAAAACUCAAUAUUCUGUACUGGUAUUUCUACAAAUUGUAUUUCAUUCUUUUCUUAUAUACAUAUACAUAUAUAUGUAGAGUUAGGGUUAGGGUUUUAUUAUUUAUUUAAAUUUAUAUAUAUUAUUUGUUUAUUUAUUUCUUCAGACAUUCACUGGUGUUUGAAAGAAAAAAAUAAUAUUACCAAUUUUAAAAGGUCAAAUGGUUUUUUAAACUGUUAUUUUACAGGUUUUACUCAUUUUGUUAAAUCACAGAUAAUAAAUAACUCUUAAAAUCACAAAAAUUAUCAAUUUACUUGGUAAUCAUAAAAUGAAAACAGGCCAAAACUGUAAAUAAUGUCCAAAUGGAAAAUGAUAAUAAUAAUUCAGGUAUAUUUCCAUUCUUGUAUAUUUUUUACACUUAUUUUACUAUAUUUAAAUUAUCUAAAAAUGUAAACAAUUUUCACAGAAAAAGAAACUAUUGAAAAAUGACAGAACAAAGAGGUAAAGUUAGUUAAUAUGGCUGAGGGCAAAAUAUUAAAAAAGAUUAUACAGGUGAAGAAAAGAUAAUAAUCUAGUAAAACUAAGCUAUAAGAAGAAUGGAGUGAAACAAAAGUCCCUACAGUAGAAUAGUCUCACCUUGGUGAUGCUGGUGGUGUACCUCAUUUCUAACUCUUCUAAUGUGAUCUCAUGAUCGUCCUGCAGGAGGAGACAGACAUCACUGAUUCAGAGAACUUUCAAAGGCGUUUUUUUCAUAGCUGAUGGUUGUAACUUGAUAGAUUAAAUAAAGCGUCUGUCCUGUAAAAUCAGGUUAAUCUGCAGCAGCUAAUUACUAAUCCUUCCAUUGGUAACUGUCAUCACUUACUAUGUCCAUUUCUCUCUUCAUUCCCUCCAGCUUUUCCUUCUUCUUCUGCUUUUUCUUCUUCUUCUUGUCCAAGUCUCCGUCCAUCUCGAACAUGUCGAACGUUUCCUGAAUGCAGGCAGAAAUAAGAAGGAAGUAGAGAUUUAUGAAAGCUUCACCUUCACGAUGAUGGAGAUUUUUACAUCUGAUGUAUGCGCUUUAAAAGUGGCCUGUGCACUACAGUAAAUGAGACAAUUCCGAUAUUAAGUCAUUAGGUACAAAUAUGUGUGAACUUUUCAUACGAAUAUUUAGUAAGUGAAGAAAUCCCGACACAUUUAAAUAGUUAAUCGACUUAAAAAGAUAAUAAAUUUAUUUAUAAAAUUUAUCUUCAAAAAGAUGAAAAAAUUCCAACUAUUACACUAUAAAAACAUUGCUGUAAAUUUUAUUACUGACACCUAGAUGCGAGGAAAUGACUCUUAAAGUGUUUCCAACAUUUUACUGUAUUUUUGUUUGAACUAUUAUUUCUACUGUUUCAGUUAAGCAUUAUAGUAUUGGUGCAGUUUUUAGAACUUAGAUUUUGUUUUACGCCAAACAGAAAUUACAUGUUUCACCCCCCAAAAACCCCAAAGAAGUAAACCAGAUAUUUUAUCCCCAAAAUAUCACAAUUACUGAUGAACAUUUGUCUUUAAAAUAUAGUUUAACUGGUAAACAUUUACUUAUUAAAUACAAAAAAUGCACGUUUCCGUACACUCUUUAUCUUUUUCUUUAUAUUAACCAGUCGGAAAGUCGACAAUAUGAAUUUAUAUUCAUAGUAUUAUAAGAAAUUCCAAUAUUUUGUCCUAAUAUCUCCUAGAUUUGCCCAGUUAAUUCAUCAUGAUCCACAAUGAUAAACAAAUGAAAAUGCACGCAUGUUUUACUUUAUUUAUGUGCAACAGACACCAUUUCUAAGUGGAUUUCAGUGAACUCAAGCAGAUGUCAGUAUAUUAUGGUCACAUGAUGUCUUGGGUUAAAGUUCCAAAGAUGUUUCUUUAUUUAAUUCAGGUUCUAAUUAAUUCAGACAGCUGAAAUGAGGCUAAAAAAUCAAUUUAGUUGAAAAUUUAUUGUCUUUUCAAUACAUUUCUGUACAGUAAAUAACAUACAUUUUUAUAAAUUAACCCAUUUUCAAUUGCCCUUGAUUAAAUUUACACAAAUAAGUACAUUUUCUACUAAUAAAAGACUCAUCUGCUUCCCUCAGAGCCACUGAUGAACAGAAUUAUUGGUCCGGAGGUGUCGCCUACCUUAGUCAUGGUUGCAGGUGUGAUGGGGGACUGCUCUCCUAAAUCAAUGGAGGUCCAGACCACUCGAUCCUUCUUCGCCCCCGAAAUCUUGGCUGGUUUCUCUCACAGCGGUCAGAAACAGGAAGGAUUAUCUGGGAAAA